AUGUCGGACAGUGAAGAGAGCAUUUCCGGAGAUGAGAAGCGUGAAGAUCAUGAAGAUAAUGAAGAUGAAGAUGUGCCGGAUGAAAAAACCGGUGUUGGGAGCGAAAAUGAGGAUGAAGAACAGGAAGAAUCGGCUCCGCCUCAAAAAGGGAAAAAAAGAAAAGCCGGUUUUGAUGAAGACGAUGAUGAGGAUGAAGAGGAAGAAGAGGAAGAAAAUGAGGAUGAGGAGGACGAAGAGGAUGAUGAAGGCGGUAAAAGUGGGAAAGGUCGAAGGAAGAAGCGCCGAACCGGUGUUCACCAGUUCAUUUUGGACGAUGUAGAGGUAGAUGAUGACGAAGAGGAAGAUAUAGAUUAUGAAGAAGAUGGAGACGAAAUGGGGAUUGAUCCUCGUGAACGUGAAGAGGCUGAAAGAAUAAUGAGGGAACAAGAUGAGCGCACUCAAAAUAGAAGGAAAAGAGAUUUUUUCAGCGGCAUGAACGAGGAUCAAAUUGAAGAUUACUUCAAGAAGAAGUAUGCUACGCAGCCCACGUACUCUUCCGGCGCUGAUGAGGAUGGAGCGCUUGAUGAUAUAAGCCGAAACUCGCUUCUACCGAGUACAAAAGACCCCAACUUAUGGAUUGUCAAAUGUCGUAUGGGCGAGGAAAAAGAAGUUGUUUUCCGAUUGAUGAGAAAGGUUAUCUCAUUCGAACAUAGCGACAAUCCCCUCCAAAUCAAAUCUGCUUUGGUCAAAGAAGGACUUAAAGGAUUGAUUUACAUUGAAGCUUUCAAAAGAGCACAUGUGGUGGCAGCUAUAGAAGGGAUUUCUGCCUUAAAUGCGAAUAAUAUAACUAUGGUUCCUAUCAAAGAAAUGUGUGACACACUUAAAGUUGUAAAAAGCAUACAAACACUGAGAAGCGGGAUGUAUGUCCGAAUGAAGAAAACAAUGUAUAAGGAUGACUUGGCUCAGGUGGACUUAACGGAUGUUGCGCACAAUCGUGUUUAUCUCAAGCUCGUUCCACGUAUUGAUUACACACGAAAACGUGGUGCUCUCAGAGAACAAGAUACCUCGACAUUUAAAAAGAAUAAAAGACGACCUCAGGCUAGAUUGUUUGAUGUAGAGCGCAUAAGAGAAAUUGGUGGUGAAGUGACUAAAGGCGGCGACUUCUUCACUUUUGAGGGAAAUCAAUAUCGGAGAGGGUUUUUGUAUAAGUGGUUCUCAUUGAAUGCAGUGCAAGUAGAAGGAGUUAAGCCAUCCUUAGGUGAAUUAGAAAAAUUCCAAGAAACGAGCGAUGACCUCAAAAAAGAACUUGAAAAUACAAAGAUAACCGACCGUGCGUAUAAGUUCGCCCCGGGAGAUUUUAUUGAAGUUGCUGAUGGCGAAUUGGUAAAUCUCCGUGGCAAAGUUCAGAGUGUAGAUGGCGAAAAAGUGGUUGUUAUUCCUGACCAUGAGGAGUUAAAAGAGCCGUUAACCUUGAAUGCCUUUGAACUGAGGAAGUUCUUUAGGGCUGGUGACCAUGUCAAGGUUGUCAACGGGCGGUAUGAAGGUGAUACAGGGUUGGUAGUUCGCGUCGAAGAAAACUUAGUUAUUUUAUUAUCUGAUCUGACAAUGCAUGAGCUGAAAGUUCUUCCACGAGAUAUCCAGCUCUGUGCCGAUAAAACUACAGGUGUUCAUUCUCUUGGGCAAUUUCAAUAUCAGGAUUUAGUAAAGCUUGAUCAACAGACAGUCGGAUGUGUCGUUCGUUUGGAAAAGGAAUAUUUAGAAGUUUUGAACAUGCAUGGAAAGGUGGUACGAGUUAAACCACAGUCUAUUCAUGGUAAAAAGGAUACUAGAUUUGCUCAAGCAUUGGAUAGUGAAAACAACAGCCUACAUGUGAAGGAUAUGGUGAAAGUUGUAGAUGGGCCGCAUGCGGUACAAAAUCACGGUGACGGUGAAGAUGUGAAGCAGGGGGAGAUUAAACAUUUGUACCGUUCGUACGCCUUUGUUAUGUCUCGGAAACACACUGAAAAUGGAGGAAUUUUUUAUGAUGGGCUUCGCAAGAUAGCCUGUAUUUACAAUGCUUUUUUAGCCGGUCCAACAUUGAAUCGGUUUGCUAGCCCAAAUCCGUAUGCAAGUCCUAGACAUGGCAGUCAAACCCCUGGGCCAGGGAACAUGUCCAGUGGUCGCAGUGUUCGUGGUGGUGCUACUCCUUCACAACAUGGCGCGUUGUUUUCUUUUUCCAAAGUCACAAAUAGAUUAAGAAAUUGUUUGCUAAAGUUUCUCAUCUAUUCUGCAAUCAUAUCUCUUUCAGGUGGUUCUAGCUCUGUGAGUGGCCUUUCUGUUGGAGGAAUGGAUACUGGUGCUCAGAGAAUUCGUCGUGACAAUUCUAUAAUUGGUAAAAGUGUGCGAAUUACACACGGACCGCUCAAGGGUUACUUUGGGAUAGUAAAGGAUUCAACCGAGCAAACUGCUCGUGUUGAACUGCACACAAAUUGUAAAACAAUCAGCGUCGACAGGUCUAGAAUAUGUAUAGUUGGAGAUGGUGCUCAAGGAGGAUCUUUCGGGACUUCGACGUAUGGAAAAACACCUAGCAGAGAUGAGGGCCGAACUCCUAUGUACACUGGUGGUGGUAAAACUCCGAUGUACGGCGCACAGACUCCUAUGUACGGAAGCCAAACGCCUAUGCAUGGAAGUCAGACACCAAUGCACGAUGGAGGUCGUACUCCCCAUUACGGUGCAAUGACUCCUGCUGGUGAUGGCGGGAGGACCCCUGUUUAUUCAUCAGCUUGGGACCCAACUGUUACAAAUACCCCUGCUCACCAACCAAACGAUGACAUUAACUAUGAUGAACCAAACUCUCCUUUUGAAGUACCUACACCUGGAUCUCUGAACCCUCAAACUCCUGGUUACAAUUCAGACACUCCUUUGGGCCAGGCCUAUACUCCUAUGACUCCCGGUGGUAUUUACGCCGACUAUGCUGCUCCAAGUCCUUAUUCCAGAUCCUCAAAUAAUUACGACAGUAGUACUUCUUAUGGAGCUCAACAUGUUUUGAAUACCGGAGAGUGGAUUGAUGUUGACAUGAUUGAGAGUCGCUGCUUCGUGUACAACUUCGAGGAGGAUACUGAGAUUCGAGUGUACUUUGACCAAGUUGCACCAUCGAAACCACAACAAGGAGAUAGGGUCAAAGUCAUUUAUGGUAAUGAUACCGGUGUAAUUGGAACACUGGAAAGCGAUGACGACGAUGACGAAGAGGUUACUGUAACCACUGAAGAUGGUAAUUCGGUGAGGACGCGUCUUGCUUAUCUCUGCCGGAUGGAGAAUUUACGUGGUCUGGGUAAGUUUUAG